AUGUCUUUUGACCGAGCCGCCUAUUCCCGGGUGGGGAAGUCGCUCGUGCAAAAGCACCAACAACAUCUUGACACCCAGCUUGAAGUGCUUCGCCAGGCUCUCGUCAAUUUCGCCAGCGAGCAUGCCAGUGAUAUCGCCGCCAGCCCCGAGUUCACCGCCAAAUUCACCCAGAUGUGCGUUCUGGCAGGCCUAGAUCCGUUGAAGCUUAUGCUGCUACGACGUCUGUCGUCAUCGUCGCAAGAACCCCUGGCGGUAGCGGUCCGGGUGAUGGAAUUCUGCCAACAAACGAUCCACAUCAAUGGCGGGCUUAUUGCGGUGUCUGACCUUGCUACACAGCUUCUGGACGCUGAUAUUGGCCUUACAGUAACGGAAGCAGAGGUGGUGAAAGCUGUCGAUGCUCUCCAGAAGCUAGGCCCCGGGUACUCGCUCAUCACCAUCAACUCUCAGCGAUGGCUCAAAUACUCCAGUGCCACCGACGACAUGCUGAGCGACCAGCACAAGUUGUUGGAGCUAUGCCAGUUCAUGGGCGGCUACGUCACCUACCGGUUGUUGCGGGACAACUACGGGUGGGAUGGCGAGCGGUGUCGGCGAGUGGUGGACGAGAUGAUUCUGCAGGCGCUUCUAUGGAUCGAUAACGGGCCGCCAAACUCUACGGAAUUGUUGUUCUGGGUGCCCACAAACCUAGGGUAG